AUGUACUCGCAUCUUAAUCUCCUCAUCAAGACCCAUGACAGAGACAUGUUAUAUGUUGUCGGGCUGGGCCAUGGUGCGCCGUCUAUCCUUGCUAACCUGUGGCUUGAAGGCUCCUUGGCCAGGUUCUACCCUCAUUGUUCGCAAGAAGCCCACGGCCUGUACAACCUCAUCUCCAAAUUCAGCACGAGAGGCGGCGGAUUCCCAAGUUGUAUCAGUGCUGAAACACCUGGGGCCACCCACGAAGGUAGAGAACUUGGAUGCGCUCUCAGCGUGAGUUCUGGUGCGGUGAUAGAUAACCCAGAUUUGAUUGACUGUUGCAUCGUAGGCGACGGUGAGUGCCAGACGGGCCCUACUACAGCGGCCUGGCAUGACUACAAGAACAUCGACGCGGCCGAUCCCGGAGCAGUCUUGCCCGUUGUGCACGUCAGCGGCUUCACGAUCAGAUGGUCUGGCCACAAGAAAGCCCACGGUCAAAUCGUCGAGGGCUCAUACAAGACGCACCAGCUUCCUCUGCCUAAGGCCAAGACUGACCCCGAGGAACUCAAACUGCUUCAAGAAUGGUUAGAGUCAUAUAAGCUAAAGGAACUAUUCAAAGACAACGGUGAUGUAAUCGACGAUAUCAAGUUCAUUAUCCCCGAGACCCCGAAGCGUCGUCCGCGUCAGAAGAAAGAAGUAUUAUAUAGUGCCUAUCGAGGCCUCAAGCCCUUUGACUGGCACAAAUUUGUUGUCGAAAAGGGCACUUCGAAAAGAUCCAUGAGAACAGGCGGCAAACUACCCGAGCAGAUCGACAAAGACAAUCCUAAAACCUUCCGGAUCUUUUCUCCCGAUGAGUUCGAAUUUAACAAACUCGAUGCUGUCUUGAACUCUGCAAAUCGCAAUUUUCAGUGGGAUCAAUUUUCCAGUGCGAGGGGUGGGCGUCUCAUUGAGACCUUGUCCGGCUCUAAUGUCAAGGCUGGUUACAAGGCUAUACACACACGGGUCGAGUUGGCUUCUUCCCAAGCUGUGAGGCUUUUCUCAGCACAAUCCAAACCAUGA